AUGCGCUCCACGAGAGCCAUAUUGCGACAAGCGGGCAAGUCGAAGCGCUCAAAGCCUUUUAAACCCCGGAAAACCGAACCACUUUUGAGAGAACAAUAUCCUGCCACCAAGGAUGGUCUCUUCAGACAGGCCAGCUACGUUGAUCGGUUGAAGAUGUACCUAGAAAUGCGGAUCGAAGACCCUCUACUUGCUGAAAAACGUGCCGGGCUAGAGUACGCCUGGAAACUUGCGUUUGACACAAAUUACGUGCCUCUACCCAAACGAAAACAUAAGGCGUCGAGUCUCAGCUCAGUGGUUAGUAUCAGCCAGAAGGAACGAGAUCUGGAGGAAGGAUUGAUGGCCCUAGCAAAUCAGCAGGACCCUGGCGAAAACUUUCGAAAAAUCCGAGAUGAACUCGCACUACCGUCAUACCAGGCUCAAUGGGUGGGCAUGGCUAUCACCACUUACGAGGCUGAGGAGGCUAUCAAGCCGUACCGGAGGGUUCCUGAAGGAUGGACCCGAGAGAAGAAUCUCGUUUCUCGAGAUCACACAUUUGUCAAGUCCUCACCCACCAUUGAAGACAUCAACCGCCCUCCGAGAGUUGGCGAUCUUAUUGACGUGUCUAUCAAGAAGAAUCUUUCCGAGAUUGGUAUCAUUGGCGAGGUCUUAUCAUCUGGAGGAUUCAACGUGAUUAUGAUUAGUGGAGAAUGUCGACACAUCGAAGGCGGCGUGGCAUUUAAGAUGCCGUUCACCAACCCGGCUAUUAUGGAGCAAUUUUCAAUCACUGUUGAUGAUACACAAAUGACCCAUGUCGGGAUCAGACCUGCUUUGGUGCAAGAAAUGACAGAGUUCUUGAGAAGAGCCAAUCUUGCGAAGACGAGAGUGUUGGAUAUUCUUCAGAAGACAGUCAUUUCCCAAAGAGUCAUCACUCUCAAUGACCUGGUGGAAAGAAUGUCUCCACACGUCGCUCUACACGACUCGCCUCUGACUCCAGCGAUGAUGUAUUACGCCACAUACCUCGCAGUUCGAAGCAUUCCUGCUCGGUGGGUAAUUGGUCCUGGUCAGGACUCUGCUAUUCAGUUACUCUACAUCAACGCCCUGGAUGUCGCAGCAUCGGAAACCGCCAUCAACACUAUCAGAGAAGGAGGAUUAACUCUAGACAAGAUUAUCAGCCGGUUUGAAGAUGUGCUUGCUGGUACUGUAACACUUGACUCGUUGCUCCUCACUCCUCAAGAGCGGGCAAUAUUGUUGCUCGUUAAGCGUUUCGCCCUUAGCGAGGUUUCACACAACGAUAUGGCUGCAAAAGCCAACGUGGGUGUAUUUAUGCGCAAGCUGGAGGAUUAUGGUCAGGUAAUUAUUACCCAGACAUUAUGCAUGGAGUUCCUGCGUCGACUCGGGUACAUUCCUGAUGACAUCAACCCCUGGAAGAAAGCGUUCAAGCUGCAGAUCCCUUACCAGGGCUCCUCUGAGCAACAGGACGAGAUUCAGACCAUGUACGACAGGCUCACUAGCUCUGACUUUACCGAAGAUCUUUCUGAAAAGGCUCGUGAAGACUGGGUUGGGGAGAAGAAGCGACCAUUCUCACACUUUUAUUGUAUUGACGGUCCAGAUGCUCACGAGAUCGAUGAUGGUGUUGCUCUGGAGUCCCGAUCUGACGGGUCCAAGUACGUACACGUUCUUGUGGCAGACCCCGCCUCAUAUUUCGGAGUCUCCAGUGAUGUGGCCCAUGCUGCCCAAAGCCGAGUUACCACCGCCUACUACCCUUCAGGUGUUGUAGGAAUGUUACCUCAGGUCGUGCAGGAGUUUGGAUUGUUACAGAAAGGAGCAGUUAGAUCCUUGGUGAUCUCUGCAAAGCUCAACGACAAAGCCGCUGCGAAGGAUCCAAUUGACAUGAACAGUGUGGAGAUCAGACUUACAAAGGUCGAUGGAGGAGUGGGGUUGACUUAUGAGCAUGUAGAGAGUGUCUUGAACGGCUCACAGGAGUCCGAGCACAAGUCUGAUAUCAAGGACUUGCAUGCACUUUCGUCUAGACUUCGUAAGCAUCGAAUUGAAUCUGGAGCUGUCAACCUAGAUGUGCCCAAGGUUCGGCUUAAUACAGAGACAGGACAACUUGAUCAUGUGUCGGAACGCAACCCCGAAGCAACUCUUCUUGUCUCGGAGCUCAUGAUCCUCGCUAAUUCUCUGGUUGCUUCGUUCGGUGCCAAACACAAGAUCCCCCUAAUGUACCGGUACCAGAAUAUGGAAGAGGAGAACAAGGGCACGCUUGAGUCGCGUGACCCUGUUACAGGUGUGAUUCCUUUCCGAGAGGGAGUUUCCAUGUGGUCUACCAUUGAGAUGGCAUACAUUUCAGCCGACCCCAAGCCUCAUUUUUCUCUGGCUAUCCCGAUGUAUGCACAGUCCACCAGUCCUCUUCGACGUUAUGGUGAUCUGCUCAACCAUUUCCAGCUGCAUGCACACUUGCAGGGCCAAAACCCUCCUUUCUCUCACUCUGAUGUCCAGAAGAUCAUUCCUCACGUGUUUGCUCGUCAGCGAACAGUGAAGAAGGGACAGGAAGACAUGGAGUCAUACCGAUUGAAGGAGUGGCUCCUCAAGCGACUGAAAUCUGGAGAGCUCUAUCCAAUCAACUGGACUGGACUGGUGUUGGAGCCUAGAAGGCAGGAAAUGGUGCGUGUAAUGGUGAUGGAGCUAGGUAUGAUUGCCGACUACCAUCUAACCAACCCAGAUGUCGAGUUGGGUGAUAUGCUUAAGAUUGGCAAGAUUGUAGAUAUUGAUCUGAUGGAGAGACAAGUUGAGGUGGCCGAAAAGUAG